AGCUUAUUGGUGGCGCACACACACGGGUCAUCUUCUAGCUACUACCCCUAGACUGGCCGGGUGUUAGCUAGCUCAGCAACAGCUAGAGCUUUUCCUCAAAGCCCUAGCUGGUGUGCUUUGCUACUGGUCAAUUAGGUCACCAUGGGCGACUCCUCAUCAUCAGCAUCUUACAUCAGAAUGGUUCACCAUAUGAUAGAGAAGUGCAUCUGCUUCAACCUGAACAAGGAAGAGUGCAUGGAUGCACUGGAGAAGCAUGCCAACGUCAACCCUGUCGUCACUGCCACUGUGUGGAAGGAGCUGGAGAAGGAGAACAAGGAGUUCUUCGAGACGUACAACAAGGAGCGCGAGGAACGCAACAUCAUCGAGGCGGAGACGAUGGAGCGGAUCCAGAAGAUGCUCUCCGAGGCGGCGGCCUCCAAGAGCUCCGACGACGACGACGACGAUGGCUAGCUAGCUAGCCCUCGAUCCAUUAGCUCUAGAGCUAUAGAUCUCAUCAGCUCCCUGCAUGGACUCUCAUCACUCAUGUACGCACCAGCUCCUCCCAUUAGCUCCGAUCCUCUCCAUGGGAGCACGACCCUCCCCGUACCGUACGUACCGUCAUAUAUGAGACCAUUCUAUGGCUAACUUGCUUAUUAGCCACUAAUCAACAACAUAACAUGCAUCUGCAAGGACCAUGUGCAUGCAUGAUGUGUGUAGUACGUCUGGUUAUUAGGACCAGAAAAAAAAAAUGCUUUGUAUUACGAUGUACUCGUGUAGAAAGAUGCAUAUAUAUUCGACCAAUAUAUACAUACUCAGAAUCUACACAUGCCCCUGUAGGGUACUAGGGUGAUGUAAGCAAAGUAGCCAGGCUUAUCAUUGACUGUAAUCCUUUCGCGACACGUGGCGGCUGGUGCGCGUAUCCAUCAGUGAUGACCUGUAGCUGGCCGGGGCUGCUACUUGCCGGCAGCUCCUCCUUGCCGGAUAGCCGGUGCUUCUUGGCUUGUUGUGGAUCGCUUUGUAUUAAGUAAAUUUGCUGUACAAUAUCCUUCAAUGCUGGUAUUUCUGGAUGGAUCCUACAUAA